AUGGGCGAUUCAGAUGGUCCGUCGUUGUCACGCAGCGGCGACUCCGCUGGCUGUCGUGAACGGCCAUCGCGUAUAACAACAACUGGUCUGUCAGACCGCUUUCCAGGAUUAGCGUUCAUACGACCGACACCAAUUUCAUUCGCGCGCAAUUCAGAAUGUUCUUCUGUGUCAGACGACUCGGAGAAAGAUAGCUUAUCCUACAACCGUUGCUUUUGUAGUUAUUCCCAGAACUUUUGUGCGUUGACUCGAAAGCAUGAACGUAAAUGGCCUCGACUCCACGGUCUCGACGUGUUCACGGUAUUUGACGUGAAGAAAAGCGUGGAGUUCGAGCCGUCGUCACGUUUGAGCAGAUACAGGUUUCUUGUUGUUUUGACAUUGAGCGGCAUGUCUGCAGCAUCAUUCUGUAUCCACGGGCUGCUCAUAUGGAGAGAGAAUGCCUCCUUGUCUGGAGAUGGAUUGAGCUCCUUCGCGGCCAUGUAUGAUGAUAAGCCAACGUUUCUCAACUGGUUUCAGAAUUCUGCUGCGGUGUGCAUUUACAUCACGAUCGGCGUGGUCCUGCCUGUUCUCGCAAGAUAUCGGGGCGCUUCGCUUGAUCAGGUGUUGAGCGUUGCGUACAAGUACGAUGAGAGAUUGGCAAUGAGUUAUUGGUACAUGUUAUGUUCCUUUAUCGUGUGGCCAGUGAUGUUCGGUCUAGUUGCACCGGUGCUGAUCUGGAUGCCCCGACUUCUUGGGGACCACCUGCACAAGAGCAUUGACCACUGGGUUCCUAUCAGUGUUUUCAUUUGGACCAUCGGCAUGCUCUCCUUUGGCCCAUCUAGGGUUGAAGAAGCUGGUAUUUCAGCUGUGUUUGCCAUUGUCACAGGGGUCGCUAGGCAGGUGGACGAUAUGAGUGCCGAGAAUAUUUCAUGGGAGAAAGUGCUGAACCUAGCACGGGCGACCGAUUAUUUGUUGGCAGAGGCCUUCAAAUGGAAUUGCCUAGGACGUCUAAUAAUCUUUCGCGUCGCCAUUUUCUUUUUGCUCGCUACGGGAUUCGGUCUCGUUGGGUUGUUCCACCAUAAACCCCCCCUAAGACACAUGUACCAAUCAUUUGGUGUAAUGUCUGCGGUUUGUGGCAGUGCUCUUCUAUUCCGCUUAGGACGCAUCAGCGAGAGCUGCAGUGGCACAACUCCUGCAUCUGGUGGUCUCAAGGCUGUGCUGCUGCAGAAGAUGAUGGAACACACAAACUCAAAUCAACGGAUGCUCAAUCUCGUCGUGUCCUACGUCUCGCGACCCUUUUAG